AUGGCCCCGGCGCAGCGAGUCCGCCUUUCAAGGCCCAGCACGGAUUUGCCCGUCGGUCCUUCUGCGAUUCAGAUUCGUUUGCAAAUGCACUCGUUGCGGUACCCUCAGCUCACUUCGAACGAGAUCCAAAAUAUAUCUGAUCCCCCCGCGUCCUCGCCCUUCACGCGGCACAACGGCUGCCUGCCCGAGGUCGCCGAUGUCACGACACGCGGGACGGUGACACCCAUCCCAGCAUCGACGACGCCUCCGACCGUCGCGCAGCAAGGGAUUUGGCGCCGGGAAACGACGGCUCGAGCGGCACCGUCGUCUUCGAGCUCGCUCGAGAUCUCCUCGCACCGGGAAUCUGCGAGCCCAUGCAUGAUCAGCCACGCCGUCGAGGAGUUCCCAACGCCCAAUCUCGCGCAUGCGGCCGUGUUGCAUGACCGCUAUUGUCUCAACGGAGGAGCGACGGACUGGCCGCGCGAGUAUGCAGCGGUAUCGUGCCGGUGGUCGUGCGACCCGCGAUUGAGUCAGAAUGGUAAAGGUGCCGGCAGACUCACCUAUGACGGCCGCGUGCGCUGGGACGCUGCUGUGGUGCAGUACACGACCCCACUCGAUGAAAAGGCGAUCCCACAAGCGCUCGCCCUCCGCCUCGGGAUAAGCAACAGACUGACUUUCACGCCGUCACUGCAGGACACGAGAGAGCGCCGUGGGCUCAAGCACAAGUGGCCAAGGGAACGCCCUGCGAUAACCUCGCCGAGCGCGAACGAGGACCUGACAUCGGCACGAACCGCGCUUGCGGUGCACGCGUCGGACAGACUUGACGGUUGGGUGGAAGGGGGCGGGGGGUGCGCGCAGACGCUGGAAGAAGGGGAGUUGAGAGGGCAUAGCAAGACGCACGAGGGUGGGGGUGGGGGGUCAGGCCCUUCCCUCUCGUCUUAUAUUUGGGGUCACAUCGCCCUCACUCCGCCUCGCCUUUCGAAGGGCGAGGAAGGCGACUAA